AUGGCAGCGGCAACAAGGUACGCAGUGGUGACAGGGGCAAACAAAGGUGUUGGUUUUGAGGUUGUGAGGCAAUUAGUUUCUCAUGGAAUCAUCGUGGUAUUAACUGCAAGAGAUGAAAAGAGGGGUCUUGAUGCUCUUCACAAGCUCAAAGAAUCCGGUGGGUUUUUCGGCGACCGUCUGCUUUUUCACCAGCUUGAUGUGGCUGAUUCAUCCAGUGUUGAUUCCCUAGCCGGGUUCAUCAAGAAUCAGUUUGGAAGGCUCGAUAUCCUGGUGAACAAUGCUGGAGUUCUUGGAUGCCACAUAAACGAGGAUAAAAUAAAAGCUUCAUCUGCAGCUAGAGGAAGGUCAGGAACAUCUCAAGUAAGCUGGGGUGUAGUAGCGAAUGCCAUUACUGAGUCUUACGAGCUGGCCAUAGAAUGCUUUCAAAUAAACUAUCAUGGUGCCAAAAUAAUGGUUCAAGCUUUUUUGCCUCUUCUGCAAUUAUCUCACUCAGCAAGGAUUGUCAAUGUUUCCUCUGACAUGGGCAAUUUGGAGAGUAUACCCAGUGAAUGGGCUAAAGGGAUUUUAAACGAUGUUGACAACCUUACAGAAGAGAGAGUGGAUGAUGUGUUGAAUGUUUUUCUAAAAGACUUUAAAGAAGGAUCUCUAAAAGACAGAGGCUGGCCAAGAUUCUUGUCAGCAUAUACUGUCUCGAAAGCAGCAUUGAAUGCAUACACAAGGAUAUUGGCCAAGAAGCAUCACAACAUCCAAGUCAACUGUGUUUGUCCGGGCUUUGCAAAAACCGAUAUGAACUUGCAUUCAGGCACCUGUCCUGUAGAAGAAUGUGCUGGGCGCAUUGUAAAGGUAGCUCUGCAGCCUGAUGAUGGUCCUUCUGGAUUGUAUUUUGUUCAUGGUAGAGUGACACCAUUCUGUGGUUAAUCUGAUUUUGUAUAGCCGGUGUUCCUUUAGAUGUCCUGUGUAAUGAGUUUCUGUAUCUCAUUCAGUAACAACAUAAUCUUCAGGUGUGUUGACCAUAAUUAGUGCCUUCAUUUAUGACAGUAGCAGUAAUAAUAUUCUCUACUGUGAUGGAUCUUAUUCAAAAGUCACUUUGCCACUCAUCGCAUUACUUCAGCUUUAGUUAUCAAUGAUACGUAAAACCAUUCGGUAUUUCUUGAGUCGGGCAGAAUUGGGGAAAAUAUUGAGAGGCCUUUUCAUAUUGUGUUUGACAGUAAGAGGCAAUCCUUACAAUGCUUUGCGCCUUUGCCUACUCUUCGCCCUAAUUUUUCUUUUAGUUUUCGGGCUCGCCAUGUCCGAAAUGUGAUUUCGAGUGAAUGGAAUCUUGAGUCUCCCACCAUUGUAACUUUUGAGUUACCAGCCAACAGGUGUGCUCAAACUAAGUAAUCUGCCUUUCCUAAUUCUGUGUGUGGAUGUGGCGUUCAACAAGUCUGGAAUCAUGGAAUGUCAAGUUGGUUUCGUGGGAGCUGUGUAGCCUCUAAUGUUCUGUAUACAUACGAAUUAUCAAGAAGAACCACAAAGAUAACCUACUUUCAUGAUUAACCGUCUUCCCCUGGCAAUGUUAAAGCUGAUAUCAAGUGCCAUAACAGGUCUUCAUUCAGCUGAAGAAGGGCUAAAAGCUGUCUUUUCACUCAACAAUGAACCAAUUUUAUAUGGGAUUGAAAAGCUUUUGCUGCAAAUUUCAGCAAAUGAUUUGCAGUAAAUGUCUAAAUAGGUGGCUGGAAUAAUCUGGGCAAUUAAAAUUUGAAAGCAAAGUGGUGAUUUUUAUCUGGAGUGGACAGAAUAUAUGUUUGUUGCACAGACAGAUAGACCUGUUGCAACGAAUAUCUUAUUGCAUUGCCUCACCUACUUUUUUGUCUCUGUAGAUCCAAGGUAUCUCUCUAUUUGAGAACC